AUGAUUCAGGGCAAUGAAUUCGCUCACAUUCAAAUGCUGCCCUACCAACAGCAGCUCAACUACGACGACUCCUUUCCGAAGUUCCGUCUCAUCGACGGCGACACAGUUCGGGAUGGACGACUCCAGGUUUUAUUUCGUGAUCGAUGGCGUUCCGUGUGCACUAUGGUCACCAACUGGACAAGUAUCGACACCACAGUGGCCUGUAGAUCCAUGGGACACAGCGAUGGCGGUGAGCUUUUCUCUUCGGUAUUGAAUUCUUGCAAAAUCACAGCUCGUGGAAUCGAACUGGUGGAGAAGGCCAACCGUUCGGCCCUCUUCGCUCAAAAAGGUACAGUAGAAAGGCGCAGUGGAUGA